AUGACCCCACUGGGGGCCCAUGAUGACAAUACACCUGUCCUGGAGGCCUGCAUCCAAUUACACAGCAAAUGUGGCUGUUCUCUGGGGUCCAGUGGGACCUUUGCCUAUGGAGAAGCCACAGAACUUCUACCAAAUGUCCUCCCAGCAGAGGAACUGCCUCUCCCUGGUGGCCCAAGGACCCUUCAGACCUUGCUGUCUACUGCUGGGGAUUCACUCUUCCCACCAGAGCUCUGCCAGCCUAGGGACUCUGGCAUCGUGUGUGGGCCCAUUGCCUCCUCCUGGUACCCACACAGGCUGCAGGGCAGGAGGCGACACUCCCCACAGAGGGAGACGGUUUCCCAGCAGCCCUUGCGGCCUCGCGUGGCGCAGGCCCCUCGUCUGGGAAGACGACGUGGACUGGCCCAAUGGCAAGCGCCCGGGCCGAGGGCUCAGGCCCAGGCUGGCAGGGGGCCUGCGUGCUGGCCACAGCCCUGCUCUGGCUGUGCCCACUGUUGCUUCGUGCUGAGCCUGAGGGAACUGCUGCGGAUGCUGAAAAGUGAGGAGGGGCCACGGGGGCCCUGUGUCCUGUUGAUGCUGACAUCCAGAGACACCAAGGCUGGCAUCCAUAAUACCUCAUGGUGCCUCAUGGGUAGGAUUGUCUCCACAGUGUGUGGGAAGCCAGCAGUAACUGGGAAGAUCUUUGGUGGCCAGAAUGCACCGGACCGUCGGUGGCCAUGGCAGGCCAGCCUACUCUACCAUGGCAAGCACAUCUGUGGAGCUGCCCUCAUAGAUGCCUACUGGGUGAUCUCAGCUGCCCACUGCUUCCAAAAGUCCCAUGAACCAUCUGACUACCAGGUCCUGCUAGGGUACCAUCAGCUCCAACAUCCCACUGAGCAUAGCCGGCAGAUGACAGUGUAUCGAGUCAUUGUUCACAAUGACUUUAACAAGCGCUACUACAUGGGCAGUGACAUCGCUCUGUUGCAACUGCAUCUAUCUGUGAACUUUACUUCUCACAUCUCCCUGCCUGCCUGCCUGCCGGGGCCUACCAUGAAGCUGCCCCUUCACAGCAGCUGCUGGAUAACCGGCUGGGGGAUGAUCACUGAGGAUGAUUUCCUGGCUGCACCAUUUCAGCUGCAGGAGGGAGAGGUUGGCAUCAUUGACAGUGAGGUCUGUAAAAUGUAUUUCCAAUCGCCAGACUCCAGCAGCAGUGAAUAUUCUAUACACGAGGAUAUGUUUUGUGCUGGGGACCUCAUGACAGGAAAGUCCAUCUGCAGAGGAGAUUCUGGAGGCCCCUUGGUCUGCAAGCUGAAUGGUGGCACUUGGUUUCUGAUGGGGCUGUCUAGCUGGAGCCAGGCCUGCCGCUAUCCCAUAGGCCCCAGCGUCUUCACCAGGCUCACCUACUUUUCCCACUGGAUCAGUGAGAAGCGGAGCACCUUGCCCAAUCCUGAUCCUUCUUUUGCUCCUUCUCAGGACAAACCUCCUAUUUUGAGUGACUUUUCUUCUCUGGGCACUGUCCACAAGCCCAGCACCUGCAUAACCCUUGUGUCUUUACAGACCUUCCUCCUACUGCUGAUUUUCCUAAGGAUUCUGUGACAGACCCUGUGAUGCCCCUCCUGGCCCUCCCCAACAAGCUUGUUUGCAUUAAUGCCAACAGGCUCUACAUUCUUCUUAAAUGUGUCCAUCUCUGAGCA